AUGAAAAUCCUUGCUAAAUCACCAAAGAAGGUGUCUGGUGAAAAAGUUUCGAAGCAAGAUGGCAAGCAAGGUGUUCCUUUGAAGGAGUUAGUACCUUCAAAAUCAAGAGUACUUAAGAGAUUGAAGAAGUUAUCUCACAAGCCACAAUCAUCUUCUGAAGAUCAAUCAUCGUUAGUUCGAAAAGCUCAAAUUAACAGGAGAGAGGUUAUUAUUCGGGAAAUUCCAGCACCGGUUUCUCUGUGUUCAAGGAAACGCAGAGCUGAAGAUGUUGCAAAGCACAUAGCAGAAAAGAGAAAGAAGAGAAAGUUGGUUAUUCAUGAAGAAUCAUCUGAUAGUGAGAUUUUUCCUGAAACACCUUUGGGAUCCAAGUAA